GCAGCCCCACAAGAUCCCACGAGACUCAGCCUCCCAACUUGCGCGGCCCAAACCACCUGUUUGGGAAGCGCAGUGCUCUUCCAGCUAGCCUUUCAGAGUACACGGUGACUCGUAGUCUCUGAAACUGGAGAUGGACGACUGCUUAGGUCCCGAGCCGUAUCCCCGGGCUGACGUGAUAUUUCUCGGACUUAGGAGUCUUGCAACUCCGUCAACAGCUUGUUGCGAUUCGAGAGGUAUCUGGUCUGGAAGUCUUGAUGCAAGGAGCCGAUGCGAUGAUGAGCAUAAAGACUCGCAUAUCUGCCACCUUGUAGCGCACAUCACUUCCAUCAGCAGUUCUUUCCUCAAGGCAGCAGGCUUCCGUUCUUCAAUCUGCGACUUACGCUACCCCCCAGUUCAGCAAUCCCUUUACCCACAAUGGAGCUCACCAUCUUUGUCGUUGGCCUCCUUGCGGGCGUGGUUUCAGCCAGAGAAUUCACCUUGUAUGAACACUCCAACUUUGGGGGCGCAACCCACCGGGAGACCCGUCCAAACGAUGACAGAUGCUGGAAUAUGAACGGCGCUGGUGACCGAGCAAGCUCAGUGCGAGGUGGCGGAUGCACCACCUUCUACCGAGAGCGAGACUGCCGCGGCCACAGCUGGCCAAACUACGGUGACGCCCCCACGGUUCCAGGCGCGCUGAAUGACCACAUCUGGUCCUUCCGCAACCGGUGCCAAGGCUGCCCUGACCCUUUUGACACGUGUCAGUACACAGCCGAGGACGGUCAGUGUGUCUUUGGAUAUGCGGCUUGCCUGCAAAAGAUGGGCUGCGGCGGCCGUGCCGGGGAGGCUGAUUGUAUUGGGACUGCGACAGGUUGCGCUAUUGCCUGUGGGUGAUCUUAGCAUCUGGACUACACAGAUGCUGUGCGUCCUGUAUGACAAAGUGAAUACGCCUGGUAUGGACUGUGAGCUUGGGGAUGCAUGGCAGCUAGUGGCGGUGCGGUUGAUGAAUGAGGGAGGUCAAGGAGGGUAAGCUGGCUCAAGCAAAGAACAACGCGAAACAUUCAGUCCAAAUUGAGCACAGCAAACAAGAAACCCCCGGCUAUGCAACGUGAAUGAGUGAAUGGCAACCACAGAGCCAACUUGAAAAUUCCGAGAUAUUCGAAUGAACGAGAUAACAUAUAUUAUCAGUGAGUGGCCCAUAUUGGUGAAUGGUCCACCUUCAACAGUUUUGAGUAAGGC